AUGCUUUUUUUUGAUAGGUCUAUAUCAAAUAAUUCCGAGUCAGGUUUUUUAAAUUACUUGCGGAAAAUACCAUAUCCUGAGGAAGAGAAAAAGAAACCAAGUAUAGUGCACUCAAUCUCUCUCUCUCUCUCUCUCUUUCUCUUAGUUUCUCUUACUUUCCCCUUUCCAUUCUUUCUAUAUAAAUAUUUCUAUUUUUUCUCCUCCUCUCUAUACUUCUCACUAUCUGUCACCCUCUCUUUAUUUUAUCUCCUCCUCUCUAUACUUCUCACUAUCUUUCACCCUCUCUAUAUAUAUCUUGCCCUCUCUCUCCCAUACUUUCUCUUCCCCUGCCUUUUUCCUUCUUUCUAUAUAAAUACCCCAAUUUUCUCCUCUCUAUACCUCUCACUACCUGUAACCCUCUGUAUAUAUCUCUGGCCCUCCCUCUCUCUCUCUCUCUCUCUCUCUCUCUCAUACUUUCUCUUACUCUCCCUUUUCCCUUUUUUCUAUAUAAAUAAUUCUAUUUUUCUCCUCCUCUCUGUACUUCUCACUAUGUCCUUUCCUUUCUUUCUUUAUAAAUACUUCUAUUUUCUCUCCUCCUCUCUGUACUUCUCACUAUCUAACUCUCUCUCUCUCUUCUUUGUUCUCUGUUCUCUCUCUCUCUCUCUCUCUCUCUCUCUCUCUCUUUUCUUAUAUCUAUCUAUCUAUCUAUCUAUCUAUCUCAUUCUGUUCAUUAUCUAUCUAUCUAUCUAUCUAUCUAUUUGUGCACUCACAAUCAUGAAUAGAUACAUGUUGAUUUAUAUCUAUCUAUCUAUCUAUCUAUCGAUCUAUCUAUCUAUCUCAUUUUGUUCAUCAUCUAUCUAUCUAUCUAUCUAUCUAUCUAUCUAUCUAUCUAUCUAUCUAUCUAUCUGUGCACUCACCAGCAUGAAUAGAUACAUGUUGAUUUAUAUCUAUCUAUCUAUCUAUCUAUCUAUCUAUCUAUCUAUCUAUCUAUCUAUUUAUCUAUCUAUCUAUUUGUGCACUCACAAUCAUGAAAAGAUACAUGUUGAUUUAUAUCUAUCUAUCUAUCUAUCUAUCUAUCUAUCUAUCUCAUUUUGUUCAUUAUCUAUCUAUCUAUCUAUCUAUCUAUCUAUCUAUCUAUCUAUUUGUGCACUCACCACCAUGAAUAGAUACAUGUUGAUUUAUAUCUAUCUAUCUAUCUAUCUAUCUAUCUAUCUAUCUAUCUAUCUAUCUAUCUAUCUAUGUCAUUUUGUUCAUUAUCUAUCUAUCUAUCUAUUUGUGCACUCACCAGCAUGCAUAGAUACAUGUUGA